UGACGAAUCUUGAAAAGAGGACCGUUUGCAAGGUGCCUCUUUCUUUCCUUUUUGCAGCCAUUCGGGCCUUGGCAAUGUGACUGUCCUGGUGUUUGAGCCCGAAAUUAUCCCGUUCCCACCGCCAAACGCCUGAUCCUUUCUUGGCCGCCAAACGCCUGAUCCGCUUGGGCACCACACCUCUAACGUUGAUCAGGGCUGAGCAAGACACCAAGCAGAGUUUCCAACCGGCCAACAAAAUGAGGGGAUCUCGAACACCGCAACACAACUGAACCGACGAGCACAUCCCCCUUACCUUCACCAUGCCCGACCUUGAAGACGAGCAGAUUGUGCAGGCCAUUGCCAGCGCGCCGUCAGGCACAGUUCGGUCUGUCCUGCGCGCGCUCUGUGCCGACGAGGAGACGAAGCUCUGUAUCGGAAGGUUCCUGUCUCAACUUCCCCUCACCUACGAAGAGUGGGACCAGAGCAGACAAGCCUCCAGCUCCAGCGCCUCGAGGAAGCGAAAGACCGCGCCGCAGAUUGAAAUAUGCGUUCAAUGCGAGUCCCCAUUCGAGAAGGGCGACGAAUCUUUGACUUGCCGGCAUCAUCCAUGUGAGUUUCACGUGUUUCCUACCUAUGAUAUGGAAGUCGACUUCGAUUCCGACUUUUGGGCCGAUUGGGACGUCGAAAUCGAUGAUACGCCUUGUUGUCGCGAGACAAAUCCUGACGGCUUCACAUUUCCUCGUUGUGGCGAGACAGGGUCAAGUGUUGACGAGGGAUGCACCAUGGGCAAACACCGAGCUGCAGAUGGAAAGCGGGGCAAGUAGAGGCCCUCGGAGGACCCGAACGGAAUGCUCGCGGCACUGGAGGAGUUACGGGCCAGGGAAAGGACUGGGAAUCGGUUCCCUUGAGCGGCAACUUUUGAUUCCUUGCUUUCUUAGCCAAGUCAAGUCUUGUCAAGAAGCAGUCAGAACAUUGAUGAAAUAUUACCGUUUCGGAGAUGGGGUGUUGAGG